AUGGGAUAUAUGGUUGGUGCUGAUACAGAGAUUCCUGAGCUGCCAAAAGUGGAUUUGAGCGGAUUAUACAUGAAAGGUUCUGAUGAAAAGAUUUGGACGGCAGCUCGAUCAAAGAUUGCAGAAGCUCUAGAAACUUAUGGUGGCUUUGAAGUUAUUUACAGUGAGGUUAGUUCUGAGCUACGAAAUAAGCUACUGGGAUUGGUGGUGCCAGGGAUGUUCAACAUGCCAGCUGUGAACAAACUUAGUGAAGCCCAAGAGCUGCCUUAUCAUGGCUUCUGGUUCUCGAAGUUAGGGUUUCCUUUCUUAGCUAUUCAGUUGAUCAAUCCCAAUUCUAGAGUUGAUGUCCAAGAAUAUGCUGAAAUUAUUUGGCCCAAAGGAAAUGACUUUUUCAGGUUUGAACUUCUCAUAUAA